AUGGGAGAGAAGGAGAAAUUAGAGGGUGAGGACAAUGCGAUCCCGUCAAAGCAAGGUGAAGUUGAUUACAGUGAAAAAGUGGGAACUUCGGUAACAAAGUUUCCGAGAAAGCAACGUCGUCCAUGGCGAAAUAAGGUUCGCAAGAAAGCUACUAACGAAGCGAAAAGGAAAUUGAGAGAAGAAAAAGGUAAUGAGCAUACUAUCCCCUUAAGUGAUGUGCAAAUAAAGAAAAGAAAGAAGAAAAGAAAGAUUAAGAAGACUAAAUACCUUAAUGGUUCAAGUGAAAAUAGAGCAGUGAAUAGAGAGGAAAUGAGUGGUCUAGAAGAAAUGGAUUCUUCAUUAUUUCGAUAUAUCAACGAGCAAUUAUAUACUAUGAGUGGUGCGGAAGCUAUGGAACUAUUCCAGAAGGAUCCGCAAGCUUUCGAAUUGUACCACAAAGGAUAUCAGAAACAGGCGAAGAAAUGGCCAUGUAAUCCUGUUCACAUCAUUAUUCAAUGGAUAAAAUCACUGAAACAUGAUGGUUUAGUAAUUGCUGAUUUAGGCUGUGGAAAUGCAACGAUUGCUGAGAAACUGUCACAUAUAGCCACCGUACACUCUUUCGAUUUGGUUGCAGUGAAUGAUCGUAUUACGGCUUGUGACAUGUCAACGGUGCCGUUAAACAAUGAAUCAGUGGACAUUGUUGUUUUUUGUCUUUCAUUGAUGGGAACCAAUCUGAACGAGUAUUUGAGGGAAGCGAAUCGGAUAUUGAAAAAAGAUGGUUUUUUGAAAAUAUCCGAAGUUGCCAGUCGAUUCGUAAGUGUAAAACAAUUCGUGCACGCCAUAACAAAAAUGGGAUUUAAUAUGACUGGAAAGAUGAUGAUAGAUGGUGGUUAUUUUGUUGUUUUGGAAUUUAUCAAAACUGGCAAAGUGAUGCAGAAACGACCUAUUGGAUUGAAAUUGAAGCCUUGUUUGUAUAAAAAGCGGUAA